UAAACGUGGAUAUAUGACAAUUGUCAUUUCACAGUUUAAAGAAGGGAAAAUACUUUUACGGACAACUCAGGGUUUACAGGACUGGUAUAAUAUAUUACAGGCUGCUUCCUAUGAGAGUAAGAAGCGCCGGAAAUUCUGGGUGACAGGACAGGGAGCAGUAGAACAGUGGUUGCUAGAGAAACAAGAAAACCUUCUGACUACACCUGCCAUGAAACCAGAUAACGAUGUCAACAACAACAAUUUGAUCAACAACAGCAGUAGCAACAACAUUAACCUGAAUAAAAACAAAGCCAAGGAGAGCAGUACCACCACCAAUAUCAAUCCUCCAAGAGGGAUUAAUAGGUUAUCACUUGUAACGGAUUUAUUGAUGGGCGAGGUUGUCUCAGAGUUUACAAGUUCCCGGGACCCUAUCCAGGCAGGUUCCCGGGCCCCUAACCCAGGUGUACCAAGAACCCAAGGUGGUUCCAGGACCCAUAUUGAGCCUGUAGUUGUACCUAAAGGAGGGUCCAGGGACCCAGUAGUUGGACCUAGGAUAGGUGUGAUGAGGUCCAACACAAGGGUCCCCUACAGGGGCGAGAUAGACCCCUCGAGGGGGGCCAACUAUCUAGAUGAACCCUCUGAAAGGAUCAGGGGCGCCCCUGAACAUGAAGUGUCCAGGGGCAACUUUGUGAGGGGUGAACAGGAUUCAGGGGUAGACUCAGGACACUCUGUCAAUACAUCCUGUGACAGCCAGUCUGAGAAUAAUUCUGGUGAGGAGGAUAGAGUCCUGCGGGCAGCAGAUAAACUAGAGCGGGUGCGGGUUGAGAACAUGAAAAAAUAUGAUACUCCUGACCUAAUCAAAUCCUCGGAUAGUCUUAUCAAAAGAUUAGAUUCCUUCAGUAUUUCUACGCAGCGGCUAGGAGUGCAAGGAGGAAGAAGAGGGAGAAUAUUAGACUGUGUUACACCUGUUUAAGCUCCUAAAGGGACAGUUAACGGAAUUCUAAGUGAACCUGUUUAAGUGUUACAGUACGUUUAAAACCUUCAUACAACAAAGAAAAGAAAGAAAAUUGACAGAAUGUGUUUCUUUUCAAGAUAAAAACUAUAAUACAAGUCCACUAGUUUUAAAAGGAAACGCUGUGAAA